AAUGGAAAAUAAGUCUCUUUUUCCCCGUGGAAUUUCUUGGGGUUACCCCAGAUUCUACCGCGUACUACAAAUCGAUUCCCGCGGACAUUUCCUAACCGACCGUUGAGGGUACACCCCACAGUCAUGCCGAGGCUCAAGUGCUGAUUUAGGCAACAUGUAACAAUCCCAAUCCUCCAUCACUUCUUGUUGGGACAUAGCACAACCAAUUUACUCCUCGAUUCACGUUGAAUGGUAUCCGGUAGAGCCGACAGGACACGAAUAGACAAAUAGCAGUUCUUCUGCCACUGAUCCUUCUAUUCAGAUCCUUCUGCCCAGACUCCUUCUGUCUUGUCUUUGUCUUCUACUACCUCUGUCAGCAACAAUCGCGUCGCAAUCAUGUCCGUCCCCGAAUCCAAAUACCUGAGCGCCGUAUGGCGAGACGACAUCUUCAAGGGCAAGGUCGUAUUCGUCACCGGCGGCGCGGGAACCAUUUGCAGCAUGCAGACCAGAGCCUUGGUUCGACUCGGCGCGAAUGCCUUCAUCUUGGGCCGAAAUGUUCAGAAGACAGAGGCCGCAGCCAAAGAUAUUGCGACGGCUCGGUCGGGCGCCAAGGUCAUUGGCCUUGGAGGAUGCGACGUGCGCAAGAUUGAGAGUCUCGAAGCCGCGGCGGCGCAAUGCGUCAAGGAACUCGGAGGCAUUGACUAUGUGAUUGCUGGCGCAGCAGGUAACUUUGUCGCCCCGAUCGACGGCAUCAGCUCCAACGCUUUCAAGACGGUCAUGGACAUUGACGUCCUCGGCACCUACAACACCAUUAAGGCCACCAUUCCUCACCUCCUCCGCAGCUCGACCCCUCGCUUCUUGGCCGUCUCCGCGACCUUCCACUACACCGGCAUGCCUUACCAAGCCCACGUUGCGGCCGCCAAAGCCUCCGUGGAUUCGCUAGUAGCCAGCGUCGCGCUCGAGUACGGCCCCCGCGGCAUCAUCGCCAAUGUCAUCGCCCCCGGCCCCAUUGCCGAUACCGAGGGUAUGGCUCGUCUGGCGAGCAGCAAGCCCGAGGAGAUUGAAGCGUUUACAAAGACGGUUCCUUCUGGUCGCUUCGGCACCGUAAAGGAUAUUGCAGAUGCGACGGUGUUCCUGUUUAGUGAUGCCGGCAGCUACGUCAACGGCCAGAUCAUUCCUGUUGACGGUGGAUCAUGGAGACGGCAGGGUGCCUAUACCGUGGGUGUGGAUAUGAAUGUACAAUAUCCUGAUUUCCUCAAGACGGGCCAAAUGUCUGAAGGCCUAAAGGGAGGAAAGAAGGAUAAGUCUAAGCUGUGAGAAGCUCCUGGCAAGGCAAGAGAGAAUGAUGACAUCCCUAGAAGAGGAGGAAGAGAGGAUGAGAUUGGGCAAGAAGGAGCCCUCAUUUUGAAGAUGCUGGUAUAUGGCUCGUGUUUUAGCACUGGAGUUGAAGAAGGCGCAGCAAUCAAGCUAGUAUUGGUAUUUCCGGAGCACAAUGUUUAAUGGCAUAUACACACAUGUUAGACGAAUACAUCAAGUCUAUUUCUGUGGUUUCACUCUAUGUAAGAGGGUGUUUGAGGCGCACUUUCAUGUCCAUGGAUUCUCUAUAGAUCACCACUCCUACGG